AUGCCUUUAAGGUGGAUAUUUUUUGAUGCUACAAACACUUUAUUUGGCGUACGCUCAUCAGCAGGUGAACAAUACGCGGAAGCAAUCUUCAAGCUAUUCCAAAUACAAAUGCCUCCGAGUACAAUCAAUCGUCAUUUCGAAAUUUACUGGAAACAGUUCAAUAAAACCAAGCCUAAUUUUGGCCAAUCGUCUGGUAUUACAGCCAAAGAAUGGUGGCAUCAACUUGUCACUCAUACUCUGUCAGAUUCCGGUUUAAAAUGCCAAUCCAAGAUCGACACCGCUUUUGAACGUUUAUGGACCCAAUAUCGGUCUUCUCCUUCAUGGUCUGUCUAUCCCGAUGUUGAACCAACCUUAAUAAAAUUGAAAGAAAAACAAUUACCACUAGGCAUUAUUUCGAACUUUGAUCAGCGUCUACAUGAUCUACUCCCAAAGUUAAAGCUUAACCAUUACUUUGAUAAAGUUAUUACAUGUGUAGCAGCGGGUCAUGCAAAGCCGGACCUAGGCAUAUUUCACUAUGCACUUCGAGAUUUACCAGAUAUACCAGCUCAUCAAUGUGCUUACAUUGGUGACAGUCUCGAAGUAGACUACUAUCCAGCGGAAAAGGCUGGUAUGAUUUCCUACUUAGUGCAACGACAAAGUGAUCCUAACUUAACUCCUAACGCUAAUAAUACUCUCCCAACUAAUGUAAGAACAUUAAAAAGUCUAGCUGAUAUUUUAAAUUAUGUUUAA